AUGCAAGCACUGUUGGAAGAAAACAAUCCUGAUCGGAUACUCUUGGGACUGGUGACUCCUCGGAUCGGGGACGAUUUCAUCGAAAAUGCGGAUGACGAGACCUUUGCACGAGCUAUAUGCGCGUUGGACCCCGAACAUUUCAUCGUGCCUUAUGGAAAGCUAUUUCGCUACCUAAAGCCGAGUCUGGAAACCCAGCCAAAGUUUCGAAUCGUCAGAUCAUUGGAAGAGCGUGUAGCUACGUUUAUAAACAUUCUCGACUCUUUAGUCACCCAACGACAAAAACAUGGCUAUUCCCUUGGCCUUGACAUAUAUCGCCAUUUGUUACGCUGCACAGCGGCCGCUGGAGUGGGAUCUUUUGCCAGGAAUGUGUUCCGCAAGGCCAUGCCAGAAGACGAUGUCGAACCUGAUUUGGACUGUUACAACUACUUCAUGGAGGCCCUCACCUGGAACGAAGCAUAUAACAGACAUGAAAGGUACCGAUUAAGGAUAGUCCGGCAUAACAUGUUUCGUCGGUCCUUGGAGAACAGACCACUCGGCUUCUUCGGUCAUGGAGUUGCCUCACCCAAAAAUCCUAAAAACGAACAAUCAAUUAGGCUGGAAACGCUGGGUAUCUUCAACGAGCUCGUGAAUCGGGGGUUGAAUGGCAACGAGGCGACCUUUUGCAAUCUGAUGGUCGCAAUGGGUCGUGAAGGAGAUCUAGGCAGCGUCAAGAGCGUCCUAAAAUCGGCAUGGAACAUUGACGUUGAUGCCCUGGACAAGUACGAUGAGGAGGAAUUGGAGAGCCCGACAUUCUAUGAAGAAGGCUCACCUCUUCGGCCUUCUGCACGUUUGCUGUUUACGGUGGUCCAUGUCUUCGGCACGAACAAUGAAGUCGCAUUGGGAGGCAUGCUGCUGGACUACAUCUCACGCAACUACAAUCUGGAAAUCCCGGAAUACAUCUGGACGCAUUUGCUUGAGUGGACCUUUGUGCUUUCAAUCCAACACAGCAAGGCGAGGAUCGAGAGAGGACAUGGUGAAGGCCGCAUAGCACGAAGGGCGGUCGAAUCAGUUUAUCAUGUCUUUCACAAUGAACCGUACAAUGUCCGACCGAAAAUUGAGGAUCUGAUAUUUCGCGUCAAAGCCAGGUCCGAGGCUAGAAAGCUCUACAAGGCUGUCGAAGAUCUCCGCGAAUGCAUGGUCCUACUCGAGGAAGAACGCACCCGCCUCUCCGAGAUGUAUGAUCAAAUUCGUCAUCUCCUUGAAGACGCAGAUUAUCAUUACAUCUUCUACGAUGGCUUGCCAUCCGCCGCGUUCCUCGAAUUAAAACACAAAUACGUGCUUGCUUCCCUCCAGCUGGAAUGUCACAUCCAACUCAUCUCUAUUGCUGUGCGCAACACCAUCAAGCGUAAAGACUGGACGUCGCAUGACGAAGGCACAGACUGGCCUCACCGAGGUAUUCCCAAUAUCAUCGCAGAGUGGACGGAUUGGUUGCCCAAUGUCGUCCCCUAUUAUACACCCACCGGUCACGUGAGUGUCUGGGGAAGGGAGUCGCGCCACGCAGCCAUCCAAAGUGCGAAUUCCCUCCAGACGACAAGGACGGGCACAAUGCGCAUGCUGCUCGACUCCUAUUCGCCAACUCGUCUCCGGCACGCAGCUGGAUUCAUUCAUCGCGGGCCUACGGGAAACGCUUUGGCGAAGUUCCAAGAUGAAGUCCGCAACGAUUCCUCAGGACGCCUGAGUGAUUGGGUUCUCAGGUUUGAGAUGGCUGUCCGUCAAGAGAGGUUGAAUGACCGCCAGGUCGUUGGCGCGCAAGUACCAGGACCCGAUCACAACAGCGAGGACUGGAGGCCCUGGGGUGGGAUUUUGGGGAAGGGCAGGUUGGGACGUGGGCCUGGGCGGAAGGGGUCGGCGACGAGGGACGGGGAUCGGGAUGAGGACGAAGAAGAGGAGGAAAAGCAGAAGGAGUGA